UACCGUGCUAGUAAGUUUGGCCACAACUUGUGGCCAACAUUUGAUUUUGAAUAUUGUAUUUCAAUGCAAAUACGUAGAAAAGACUGCCAACAUGUUGUUCCGAUCGGCCAAAAACAAAUUCGAGGCCGCAGACAUAAUGCGCCGGCUGAAGCGUUUCGCCGAAGGGACAGUUUCCUCAUAUCGCCGUUUGUUUCUAAUGCUGCUGUGUGUGUGCAUAAUAUUUUAUAUGCUACCGCCAAUCUUUCGUUAUCUAUUCCUUAGCGCGCCGCAACAAAAGGAUCCACAUAGUAUGUGCAUGGACGACCGUCUCACGCCCUACAUACUGCAAAACUAUGAAUACGAUGCAAACAUUCGUCACGUGCCGCCCCUGUUGUCUGACGAGCGCGACUAUUUACCUUACAUUGGCAAUGGUUACAUUGGCUUGGAGGUAUCUAGUGAUGCGGCGCUAAAUAUAAAGCAUGGUCGAGCCAUGCAGCUGCCCAUACGCUUUCAGCCUGUAUUGUCAGUAGCCCAGAACUCAGGCGCUCCUGUGGAAAAGGAGGCUACCGUUGUGGAGUAUCUGACAGGCAUGGUUCAUCGUUUCCAGUGCCUUGCCGGCUACUUUGUGUCCUACACAAUGUACGCACAUCGCACUCAGCCCAGUGUGCUCAUGCAGGAGCUGCAAAUAACCAAUACACGCAAUGUUGUCGAAGACGUUGACCUCAUGCUGCCACGUAGUCGAUUACCCAAGUCCACCACGCGCAGCCUGGCUCUCAGCGAGCCGGCGCAGCUGGGCAUGUUUACAUACAAUGCACUAGAUGUCGUUACAGGCACGGUGCAGCCUUCCACAGAGGAUCCAAGCAAACAGAUUGUUGUUAGCAUUGUAAAACCCAAACUGGAGCCAAAGCUACAGCUGCGCAAGCGUGGCACAGUGCGCAUUAUCUAUCCGCUAGUCAUCAACUAUUCCAAGCCUGUAACUGAUGCGCAGCUGAAGAACACAAUAGACAGCCUGGAGCAACGCUCCAUACAAACUAUGACAAAUCUGCUGCAGAAGCUUAGCGCCAAGGCGUCCGGCUCGGGCACGCUGCACAGCAUCAAUACGUAUCGUCAGGAGCACAUUAAUGUGUGGAAUGAUCUGUGGGCAACAGGCUUCACCAUUAGCAGCUCCAAGGCUGAGAAUAGUCUGAACGGCGAUCGCAUAAAUGCCACAAUGUAUGCCGUACUCUCGCAGGUGCGCAGCUUUGAGUUCGAGGACCUGGGCGCUGGUGCUGGCACGCCAGCACUACGUGAGGAUAUAGCCAAGGCAUUGACAUAUGCCGAGGGCUGCUACGAUUCCUACCAUACGCUGCAGGCAGAGAAUCUGUGGCGCGACAUGACAACGCUUCAUCAGCUGAAUACGCUUGUGUCUUCCUGGAUGCUGACGCUAGAGAAACAGGGCUGCCAUCAUCUGAUACGCGCCGGCGCCUCUGGCGUCAUACAAGCCAUGACACUAAGUUUUGGCAGCUUUCGAUUCAGCAAUCAGCAUCUGGAAUGUAAUAUGCACCCCAAGUUUUUGCAUCGUGACUUCCACUUCAGGCGCCUCAACUACGGCAACAAGACGCAUGUGAAUGUAACAAUCAUUGUCAAGGAGGACAAUAAAGCGGUCAUCAAUGUGGCACUAGACCGCUCAGAUCGCAGCUACUAUGCCUGCGAUGGCGGCUGUCUGGACGAGCCAGUGCUGCUAACGCAAAAUCGCCGUGAGUUCCCAGUGAAACUGACUGAACCCUUAACUGCAAUAUUAUAUAUAACCGAAGAUAAACAGCAUAUGGAAGAAAUUCAUCAUGCAAUACACGUCAAGGAGGUUGUCGAGGCUCCUGCGCAUGAGCAACAUGUGAUUGCUCUACACAAGCAUGGCCAUCAGCUCGGCGGUCUGCCUGCUCUCUUCUGGGUUUCAGUGUGUGCAAUAAUUAUAGUAUUUCAUAUAUUCUUAUGUAAGCUUAUUAUCAAGGAAUAUUGCGAGCCAAGCGACAAAUUAAGAUAUCGUUACAACAAACCGUGAUGUUAGCUUUAUAAAAAGAAAUAAUAAAUAGUUCUGUAUAACUGAAUUGGACAGAUAAUUGUACCAAACCCUAACACCAAGAUGUACUAUAAACAAAAUCUCAAAUGAAUUUUGGUACUGUAUUGAAAGAUAAACACAAUUGGAAUGCAAUAUUAAACUUUAGGAAUUAUGGUAGACUGAAUUAAUAAUCUGUUAAGCUGUAGUAUUUAUUUAACAAAUAUUUUUGUCCCACAGCUUUAUACUAAUUCUGGAACUUAU